UGUACAGUGCGAGUGAACGUGCCCCUCCCAGGUGUGUGCGCAGAUGAGCAACUGUAUGCGGGUGUGGCUUCAAAAGAAGCGAACGGGACAGGUUCUACUUUUUCACCGUCUCUGGUUGCAUGACAUUCUUUGGUUGCCUUCAUAUCCUCCGGUUUACUGCAUUCUUGGUGAUGAAGAUAUGCCUGGGCGUAACGGCUUCUUGUGGAAUUUGAAGGGGUUGUAGUUAUCCAGCACGUCGUUGUUUUAUUGCGUCCAUCCAUGUCCCAUUUUGCCCACUGGAAUAAUUUUGAUAUCAACAUUCACCAACCUCUGUAGUCAUUAUCAAAUAGAUCACUAGGUGGUAGCCUAUGUUUGUAUCAGCAGAGCCAAAGCAACACGUCCUUCCUCGCUGCGUAAGGUCACCUUUCAGGAGUUCUCCUCAUGGGCUCAUCCAAGAGGGUGUCAUACUGGACGGUGGAUGAGGUGUUUGACUGGGUGAGGAAGCAGUACCUCUGUGAGCAGACCACACUUCAGGAGGCUGUGCUGACUCAUGCCAUCUCAGGUCGCGCGCUCCUGAGGAUGGGCAAGCACCAGCUGGAGCGUCUGGGAAUCGAGCCAGAGUGGCAUGGGGAGAUCCUGCAAGACCUGCUUCUCCUCAGGGUCCAGGAGGAGCUGGAGAACCUCAACGACAUCUACUCAGAAUGUUUUUCAUCAUGACUGGAAGAUGCCGGACCAGUGGUAUGUUCAUUUGGCUCACAUCUGCUGAAGACGAGUGCUACAAGACUGGUCAUGACACUAUUUGUUAUCUAACAUACAAGCCCAAACACGCCUCACCAAUCCCCAUACAACACAUCCUAAAUGCUUUAAAGAGCAGUUACCAUGGACACAUUUGUCAUGAAUUCUCAGCUACAUGUAUGAAAUGGAUUAUGAAGUUCGCCCCGUUUUCCAAAGAUGAGAGAUAUAACCCUGUGCUGAGGACAGAAUGGAUUCCUGAGCAUAGAGCAUUCUGACGCUGGUCAGUAACAUGAGAUCUAAUGUGCAUCAGUAACAUUACUGAACAACCCAUACAGUGGCCCUACCGUGGCCUAACGGCUAGGGCACUGGGUUACUAUGCUGGCAACCCGGGUCUGAUUCCGGCCCGGGUCAUUUGCCAGUCCUUCCCCGUCCUGUCCCUCUCAUUAUCCUAUCACAAAUAAAAGCAUAAAAGCCCUAAAAA